AUGUCCGAAAUACUGAUGAAAGAAAUGGAGAGUAUAUCGAUCAGUCCAGUGAAGGCAGAGGAGCGUCCAGACGGUGUCUCGAGCUUCCUGCUGGUGGACGAACAAGAAAACCUGCAGGUCCGCGAUGAGUCUGAGUUUGUGGAGCGACUCGGAUGUGGGGACGUGGCAGGAGUCAAGGUCAUCUCCAUCUUUGGCAAUACGGGCGAUGGCAAGUCCCACACCCUCAACCACAUCCUAUUCGGCGGUGAGAGCGUGUUCUACACCUCCAAGUCCCCAAGCUCCUGUACGGUGGGAGUGUGGGCCGCGUAUGACCCCACCCUCAGCCUGGUUGCCCUGGAUACUGAGGGCCUGUUGGGGGCUGCAGCCAAUCAGAAUCAGAGAAUGCGGUUACUGCUAAAGGUAUUGGCAGUGUCUGAUAUCGUAGUCUAUCGUACACGGGCAGAGCGCCUCCACAACGACAUGUUUGUGUUUCUGAGCAACGCCUCGGGGGCCUACCUGAAGCACUUCACCCCGGAGCUCAAGGCCCUCUCCAGCCGCUGUGGUCUGGACGUGCCCCUCUCUUCUCUUGGGCCUGCAGUUAUUGUCUUCCAGGAGACAACGCACACUCAAUUGCUCGGUCAUGAUUCUAAGGUGGGCGGCCAUGCCGACACGCUGCUCCAGAAGCGCUUUCAUGACCUGGGCUUGGGGACAGAGGCCUUCAACUCGGUGCAGUAUGUGGGAACCCAGACCAUCACGCCUCCCACUGACUACAACAGGCUGCUAGAGGCCGUGAGGCAGCAAGUGAAGAACACUCACACACGCUCCCCCCGCCAGCCCGGGAUAGUGUUUCAUGCUUUGGAAGCCCUAAGUGAGCGUUUCUGUGGAGAACUGUCAGACGACAAGAUGACCCUGUACUGCUUCUUCCCAGACGAGUACUUUACCUGCUCCGCUGUCUGUCUCAGCUGCAACAUUCGCUGUAAAAAUGGAAUGAACCAUCUGAAAGACAGGGUCCCCCACAUGGCCGAUGGGCUGUGCCAGUACUCACACCAGUACAACAACAAAGUCCUUAUCUGUAAGAGGUGCUAUGAAGGAGGCAGAGAGGUGAUUGUCGUGCCCAAGACGUCAGCGUCCAAUGACAACCCAUGGUUUGGACUGGCCAAGUAUGCCUGGUCAGGCUAUGUGUUGGAGUGUGCUAGCUGUGGUGUAAUCUACCGCAGCAGACAGUACUGGAUGGGAAACCAAGACCCUGAGAGCGGCGUGGUGCGAUCUGAGGUCAAACAUGUCUGGGAGGGGUCGGACACCUUUCUGGCCACCCACCAGAACGCGGCCCAGAGGGUCCUGGAUGGUAUGAACUUUGUGAUCCAGUCCGUGUCAGAGUACAGCACCGGCCCCACCAAAGCUGUCGCUGCCUGGCUCACUGACCAGGUGGCGCCACCAUACUGGAGACCCAACACAGAGAUCACUGCCUGUCAUGGCUGUCAGAAGGUGUUCGAGGAGGCAGAGAGGAAGCACCACUGCCGGUCAUGUGGCGAGGGUUUCUGCCAUCCCUGCUCCAGCCACAGGAUGCCGGUGCCAGAACGAGGUUGGGGCAGUGGGCCCGUCCGGGUGUGUAAGGCCUGCUACCGACAGGGAGGGCCAGCUGACACUAACAGCCAGGUGUGCAAGGUGGAGCCUCGUGGUCUGAUAGCUCGCAGGGUGACGGAGGUGGCCCAGUCCACACUGGACAUGGUCACCACAGCUGUGGACUACCCUCUCUGUUUUGUGAAAGAAGUGGCUCGGCCAGACUACUGGGUGCCAGACCAGGACAUCACCCAGUGCCACCAGUGUUCCAAAAUCUUCACUUCGGCCAUGUCCAAGCACCACUGCAGGGCCUGUGGACAGGGUGUGUGCGGUCCCUGCUCCACACACAUCCGGCCUGUGCCCUCCCGAGGCUGGGACCACCCAGUCAGAGUGUGCGACGGCUGCCACGCCCGAACCGACAGUCUGUGAGCCUUUUUAACCAGGAGAACUUCUCAAAGUGCACAUAGGCUUCCUCAGAGGAUCCACAAAAACACUGAAUCCUGGAACUGCUGCUCAAAGAGAACAAGGUGGAUUGAUUAUACAGCACUAAAUGGCAGAACUAGAAUCAGCCUGGCUUUUGCGUGAAAAGACAGGCUGCUUUGAAGCUUAAAAUGGUCAUCACCAAGGCACUAGGGCUGGUGUUUUUAUCAGUGCUGACCAAGGUUUAGCUUCCCAUCUGAUAUGCUUUUCUUGAGUAACUGAUUCUGCAGCAGUUAUGAGGUAAAACUCAACAUAGAUCACCUUCACCACAGCCCCACUGGAGCAGUGAAACUGCUACAAAACCAACUGGAAAAAUGGAAAGCUGGAUGUGAGUUUAACUGACUUUGGAAAAUGAAGACACAACUCCUCUCAGUCCUCGUUAUAACUGCAAAGCUGCACUCAGGUGUAGUCUUCCUUGUUUGUUCAUUUAUGUUUUUGCACAGCCACGCAGCACUCAAUUCUCAAUUUAAACAACUUGUUAGCUAAAAUGACAGGAGAAGUUAAAAGGAGACAUGGGUAAUAGUGGAAGUUAAUUUUUUUUUUUUUUCAAACGUUUUUAACCUCUCUGUUUUAAAGAGUAUCAAGUCAUCUCAACAGCUUACAUUGUCUCUGCCAAGCCCUCCAAAAAAGUAGCGACUGCGUGAAGUGAUUUUUGUUUUUAUCCGCUUCAUAACCGUCUUCUGAACCUCUAGAAAUUAUGGACAAAAGGGUAAACACAAAGCAGUUUAGACUUUUGGGGAAAAAGCUACUGUGUGUGUGUGUGUGUGCCUCUGCACAGAAAGGAGCUACAGCAAUUUGUGCCUUCAUGGGAAUCUGGAUUCUCAUUUCUAGUAUAGCCCCUGAUGUUAGUUUUUUAGGGAUUACUCCAUAUGUGCAAGGAUUAAUGAGAUUAAAUGUGCCUAAUUACAGAGCAUCUAACUCGUACAGUUGUAUCUACAGUAUGGUGAAAUGGAUAGGAAAAGAAAAUCUGUAGCAACACAAUAUAGACAUUCCCAUGUAUGGAAAUACCUGUGUACUUAUGUAGAUUUACCGUUCUGACGUUAUUAUAAAUCCACUGAUUCUUCAGAAAGCUCUCUUAAUAUAAUGAAUACAACUGCACUAGACUGGACCGUUGAGCUGUUUUGAUAUUUUAAAGGCACGUGUCAGAAAAUUACACUUUCUGUCAAAGGAGAGUUUCUCUGUGUAACAUACCGGAGACAUUAAUGGCAUUUUCUCUGUUCAGAAAUAAUCAGUUACAUUUUAAACACGUUUUCCAGUGAAAUCUAGCAAUUGACAAUCUUUUUUUUUUUCUUUCAUUAAUCAGGCUGGUCCAAAUAAAGACAACAAAAAAGAUUUUGUGUCUCUACAGAUGUCUUAAGGCCCUUAUUGUCUUCUAAUCUCUCCCUAAUAACUAUUCAUGCUUUAUUUGCAUGAAGGGUAAUAACAAUCAAAUAAUGAAUAAUCUGCUAAAUAAUCCAAAACGAUAUCUGAUGGUGAGGCUGAAAUCUGCAGAUAUUGGGGUUUCUGGUUUUUCACCCAGCCGGAGACCGACUUGGGGCUUAAUUAAUACAAUUUAGAUUUUAUUUUUAUUUUAGCCCAUGUUGGGAAAUGUACUACUCUGAUAUGUUUAUAUUUAGAGCAGGAGAGUAAAAUCUUUUGCUUGUCUUUUAUGUGUCCUAAUCAACAGUAUCGCCGUUUUGCUUACCCUUUUAAACAGAUUAUUAACAUCAGGGAGUAGCUGAUUCUAUGCAGUUUGGUAAAACGGGACUGUAAGAAGUUGUUUUUGUUUAAUCCUGUUUUCCCAGUACUCAUAAAACCGUGUAUUAGCAGUGUCUAUUUCAUUUGAGUUUGGUGGCUUUGGAUGAUAAAGAUGAUCAUAUUAGCAGCGCUCUUUUUCCUUUGCAGUAGCACUAAAUACAUUCCCAUCAUUGUCUUGUAAUCAGAGAUUAAAACGUUGAGCCAAAUUUUA